CCGUAACGGUCGGGGCGCGCGGUCGGCGCGGCGGGCAGGUGAGCGGGGCGGGCGGUUGGCGCAGCGCCGUGCUCUGCAUCGCUCCGCGCGGUGCGCUCGGCUCCGUGCCUUACUGCUCCCUUCCUUACGGUUCCCUCCGCCUUCUCUUCCUCCGUCCUGGGCUGUUGUCCCUCCUCCUCGCCUCAGGGCCCGGCCGGUGGGACCGCGGUUUGCUUCGCGCUGAUUGAAGCGCCGUCUCUGCCGUCGCCCCGCAGCCGUGCGGCGGUAAGAUGGCUGCUCUCCACAGACAGCCGGACCUGAGGCUGCAGCGCGGCGAUCCGUCGGAUCCCAGUGCUGCUCAGAAGAGUCAUUUCUCAGAGACUGACUGGAAAACACCAAUGCUGUCUGUGAAGUUCCAGAGCCGCACCAGUCGCUGCUCCAGUGUGGCCGACAGCGGUGACGUGGGCAUAGGGACCUCCUGCUCCGACAGCACAGAAGACUUCUGCAGUUCCAGUAACGGUUCCUCAUUCCAGCCCAUUAAAACCCAAGUGACCAUCCCAACAGCCCAUGUUAUGCCAUCCACAUUGGGUGCCUCACCCUCCAAGCUGUGCUCGGCAGGAGAGCAGAGCUGUUUGCAGAGUACUUCCAAAACCGCUGUGCCAGGAUCUGCUUCAGAACAUGCAGGACUCCUGAGAAACGGAGACUUUAAUGCUGGGAAGUCAUCUCAGCUGCCACACAGGGAUCUGUUACGUCUCUAUGGGACUUCAGGGGAAAAUGGAUUUGAGCAAUCCUGGCGUCCUGUUUCUGAUCACGUGAGAACAGAAGAUACUUGGAAGUUUGACACCCCUGCCAUUGAACGCACCCUUAACCAGUCUCUCUUUCUGGAUAGUUUGUGUGCUGACCCUCUCCAAAGGUUCCAGAAAUUCAAUCCAAACUCUGGGGCGGCUGAGGCAGGAGGAGACCAUUAUAAGGUGCUGCCGGAGAUCAAGCAAUCUGCAGGGGCUAAUGGAGCCUGUGAAUCCCAGGAUGGAACGUGGCCAAGUGGCAGCAGGCUGAUGCCAGCAGCACUCCAGACCAACAAUUUCCUUCCAAAACCUGUAACACCCCCAUCUCUAGCAUGGAUGCAAGAGACCUGCACGCUGCAUCCGCACGAGAGAGUCUGUGAGCUCAGUGCUUGGAAACAACAGCUGGACAAUGUGCGACUGCAAAUAGAGCAGAUGCAGUUACAAAAUGGAGGUGCCUGUCACCAUCCCUCUAUGUAUUCUCCUUCACUACCUACACCUGAUCCAGCCCAGUGGAUCAAUAUCCUGAACUCCCAUGAAAACCUACUCAAGGAGAAAGAGCUCCUCAUUGACAGGCAAAGGCAACACAUAUCCCAGUUAGAGCAGAAGGUCCGGGAAAGUGAACUGCAGGUUCACAGCGCCCUGCUUGGCUGUCCAGCACCCUAUGGAGAUGUCUACAUGCUGAGAAUGCAGGAGCUGCAACGGGAGAACACGUUUCUCCGAGCACAAUUCACAGAGAAGACUGAAUCUCUCAGUAAGGAGAAGGUUGAACUGGAAAGAAAACUGGCUGCUGCAGAGGUGGAUGCAAAGCUGAUCCAGGAGACGCUGAAGGAAAAUAUGCAGAAAUAUGCAGAGGAUUUAAAGAAGCAGGAAGAAAGGAUAAAGGGAAGAGACAAACACAUUAAUAAUCUUAAAAAGAAAUGCCAGAAGGAAUCUGAACAAAACAGAGAGAGGCAGCAGAGAAUCGAGACCCUGGAACGAUACCUGGCUGAUCUUCCAACUCUUGAGGACCACCAGAAGCAGAGUCAGAAGCUAAAGGAAUCUGAACUGAAGAGUACUGCUCUGCAAGAAACAGUGCUGGCACUGGAAACAGAGCUUGGAGAUGUACGAGCUGCAUUCAGAGAGCAAGAGAUGCAGCUAGAAACCCAGAAACAUAAAGAACUGGAACUUCUUUCUACUGUGCGCAGCUUGCAGGACAAGGUGCAGCAGUGUGUAAAGAAUGCAGAGAGAGGGCCUCCUGUACAGGAUGGGGAGAAACAGAAAAUAGAAAAUGACUCUGUGAAGAAAGAAUGUGACUGCCUCAGGAAGAUUGUGGAAAAACAGCAGAAGAAGAUGGAGCAGAUGUCUUUGCAAGUGAAGAACCUAGAAGAACAGGUGGCCCAGGAAGAAGGAACAAGCCAAGCUCUGAAAGAGGAGGCAAUGAGAAGAGAAAAUGCGCUGCAGCAGCUCCGGACUGCAGUGAAAGAGCUUUCAGUGCAGAACCAGGAUCUUAUUGAGAAGAACCUGACCCUUCAGGAACGGCUCCGUCAGGCAGAGCUGACAGCUCAGCCCCUGCCUGCUGAGACUGCCCGCCUUGCUCAGGAGUUGCACUGUGAGCUGGCCAGCUGCCUGCAGGAUUUGCAGUCUGUCUACAGCAUUGUCACUCAGAGGGCUCAGGGCAAGGAUCCUAAUCUCUCCCUGCUUCUGGGCAUUCGCUCUGUGCAGUACUCAGUUAAGGAGAAGGAUGAUUUGCUGAGCCCUGAUUUGCUUGCAAAAAAACUGGUGGAGGUAAAACAGCUUCACAAAGAAGUGGAGGACUUAAGAACGGCAAUAUCUGACAGAUAUGCCCAGGACAUGGGAGACAACUGCAUCACUCAGUGAGGAGAGCUCUCUCCCCAAAGUAAGACAGGAAAUGAAGACUUGAAACUCUCAGGAGACUAGAACUCCUACAACUGAAAACCUAUUCAGCACUUUACCAUCCCAAUGCUUGGGUACAAACGUGUGGCUUAUCCAGGAGAAAUUGGGGGUUGUUGCCAGAAGUGUUUAUCUGCUGACUGGCUAACUGGAAUCAUUAAGCGCUUCAGUGUCAGGCUUUGCAGUAGCUUUAAUCUUACGGAAUGUGUUUUUUGUUGUCUUUGGAGCUGGUGCGCUCUCUCAUUCUGGGAGAUGAAUUCUGAAUAGCCUCCCAGGCGUGUCAGACACUGAACGUGCAAAUGUGACAGUUAAAACCAACACUAAAAGAAAAUGUAUGCCCUGGUCUUUCUGAUAAAUUCUCUGCGCAGGUCCAGUGCAACUUAUAAGAGUGGAGUACUAUCAGAGCAUUCAGGGGAUAUCUGUGGAUUUUGUAGGCAAGCAGGUGUGCUGAUUAUGCUACCAAUAAUUACAUCACCGUGCUACAGGCUUGUCAGGUGCUACAUGUGCAGAUCUGGCUUGGAUGCUUGUGUAGCCAUUCAUGAACCAGGACCUGCUUUGCUCAGGUAAAUGCAACCAGAGUCUUUUGGUAGCCAACAGGAGUUGGGAAGUAAAACAACACUAACAGAAGAUUCAAAAUGCUGUCCCUGGAUCCUGUAUCCUAGAAGCCUUAAAUCUUUAUCCCCCUGAAAAAGCACCCUGAGUGUGUGUAUGAUCCAGGCUACAGAGGAAAUGGAUUGAUGCUGAAGUGCCUUAAUGUGCUACAGAAGCUUCCUGUCCACACACUGCUUUGUGCCUAAUGCAUCUGCUGGCAGGGUGAGCAAUUACUAUUUACUGUAGCAGCCUUUAGAGCCAUUGCAAACAAUCCUGCAGGGCUUUGAAUGUACAUAACUCCUGCCUGACCCUCUGCACAGGGGAACCGUGCUGCAGGCCUGUUAGGAGACACCUGCAUGGCUCUGCCUGCUCCUUGUUGAGGAGAAAGCUGUUCUGGUCCUGAAAUGGCAGCAGGGUUGUACAGCUGGAUCUGAAAGCUCUUCCUGAUGCCAGCAAGGCUGCAACUACUCAGGUUUUGUUCUAGUUCUGCCUCUGGUUCUCUGGUUGCUCCCCACUCAUGUGCCAAAUAGUUGGAAUCUAAAUUGGUGUGGGAUACAGUUCAUUUUGUCACAACUUCCUUAAUCUUAGUGGCAACUUUUAGAGUCCUGAGCGUUGGCUUGUGACAGUGUUGUGAUGCCAAGGGUGAAACUUGUGGUUUCCAUCUUGACUCACAAACUAUGAAGUCAGUGGUAAAACAGGGAACGUACUGCUGAAACUUCUGCCCCUUCAAUUGCUCUUGGUUCGCACUGGGGCCGUGAGCCCUAAUUUUGAAAGAAAUGCUGUUGUUACUUUUCUGUGUUAAGAUUUAAGACCAAAUUUGUUUUGUUCUUGAAGUUUGGCCACCUCAGGGGCCACUGGCAACAAGUUGGUUAGUGUGCCAUACCAGCUGGCCCCGGCACAGCACGUAGAGCUUCCAGCAUCUGCUGUGUUACAUCUCAGGCUCUGUCCUCACGCUGCUGGUGCCACGUCCUGAGCUCACUGUGGGCCAAAGCUUAUUGCAGUGCUGGCUGCCGGGAGCUCUGGCACGGAAGGCAGAGCCGCACAGCCGCUGCAGGUUGGGAUGCACUGUUCAGCAGCAGCCACGUUCUGCUCAGGGUGCAGUGGGAGAUGUGACUCUCGGGUGCAGGGACACGUGUGCCUCCUGCCUGUCCAAAACCGGCUGCACGAACGGGAUCACACAGAACAUUGCAGCCCUAAGGCUGGGUUGGCUGCCCCAGCCCUGCACCCACAGUGAGCCCCCGCUUCUGUGCCACUGCUUUGCGUGUUACCCUGUGCUUUUGUCCUGCGAAACGACCUCUGGGCUUAACGCAGAUCCCAGCUGGGCGGGGAAUGUCGGCCCUUUCUUUGAGAGCACCCUGCGCAGGGUGCAGGACUACGUGCCUCACCUCUCUGCUCGUUGUGCAGUUCGUAUUCCGACGGUUGGCGUUCCGCCUCGCGUUGUUUUCCUUCAUCGAGUCGAGCACGGGUGUAUUUAUAUCAGCGUUUGUCUUACCCACUUGUUUGUACCGAAUGUUUUGAGUAUAAAAUAAAGCUGCUCUGCUCCA